GGAGGGGGGCGCUGACCCGGAUGUUCACUCUUGGGCACCCGGGGAAGUGGAAGCGCCGGGCCCUGCUGCGGGGGGGAGAGUCACAGACGCCGGGACAGGGACCGCCGCCGCCGCCGCCACCAUGAGCGAUCAGCAGCUGGACUGUGCCUUGGACCUAAUGAGGCGCCUGCCUCCACAGCAGAUCGAGAAAAACCUCAGUGACCUGAUCGACCUGGUCCCCAGUCUGUGUGAAGAUCUCCUGUCUUCUGUUGACCAGCCACUGAAAAUCGCCAGAGACAAGGUUGUGGGCAAGGAUUACCUUUUAUGCGACUACAACAGAGACGGGGAUUCCUAUAGGUCACCGUGGAGUAACAAGUAUGAUCCUCCUUUGGAAGAUGGGGCCAUGCCGUCUGCUCGACUGAGAAAGCUGGAGGUGGAGGCCAACAAUGCCUUCGACCAAUACCGAGACCUGUAUUUUGAAGGUGGUGUCUCAUCUGUCUACCUCUGGGAUCUGGAUCAUGGCUUUGCUGGAGUAAUUCUCAUAAAGAAGGCUGGAGACGGGUCAAAGAAGAUCAAAGGAUGCUGGGAUUCCAUCCAUGUGGUGGAAGUGCAGGAGAAGUCCAGUGGCCGUACUGCCCAUUACAAGUUGACCUCUACAGUGAUGCUGUGGCUGCAAACCAACAAAUCCGGCUCGGGCACCAUGAACCUGGGAGGCAGCCUGACCAGACAGAUGGAAAAAGAUGAAACCGUGAGCGACUGCUCCCCACACAUAGCCAACAUCGGGCGCCUGGUGGAGGACAUGGAAAAUAAAAUCAGAAGUACACUGAAUGAGAUCUACUUUGGAAAAACAAAGGAUAUCGUCAAUGGGCUGAGAUCUCUUGAUGCUAUCCCUGACAACCACAAGUUUAAGCAGUUGCAGAGGGAGCUUUCUCAAGUGCUGACCCAGCGCCAGGUCUACAUCCAGCCUGAUAAUUGAGCCGACCCAGGUCUGUGCAGACGUUUGCAGACAAAUCAAAGCAGGAAGCUCUCAAGAACGACCUGGUGGAGGCCUUGAAGAGAAAGCAGCAGUGUUAAGCCUCCGCUUCACGCUAACCGGACACGCCAUGCACUCGUUAGAUUCCUUUCUUAGAAAACUCGUUUUCUGCUCCUUCUCCCUCUUCCUCUCCCUCCCCGAUGGGUCACAUAACAGUUUGCAUCGACCACGCAGCGCCAUCGCUCCCCAAGAAUAAAGCCCGAUAACCACCCUCCUCUGGCUCCAAGGCCUGCUUCCCACGACGUUUCCAUAGAGACCGUGCGGUUCUUGUUCGCCUGGGCCCCGUCUUCCUCCCCUCCCCCAUUUAUAAGCAUAAAUACACUGUCAGCCACUGCUCCCUCCCAUCUUUUUGUUACAUUGGUGUAAAAAAUGUAAAACAAAAAAAUUUUAUGAACUAACUGGUGUGUGAAAGAGAAGAAAAACUGGAAAUCUGA